GGAUUAGUUUCUUAUAAUUAAGAUAGUGCAAUUAGAGAGAUGAAUGAUAUAAUUUCAUAUGCUGACAAUGUGGAGUUGUAUGAAGACCAUGACAUCAAUAUACCUGAGAUUGUUGAGGGUCCAUUAUUGCUCACAAAGCCAAUACAUAAUGAUAAGGAAGUGUUAGAUGCUGAAGAUGAGGGUGGCAAUAGUGGUAGUGAUGUUUUUGUGCACGGGGAUGAGGGUAAUUUAGGAAGUGCAAAAAGUAGUGAUGUCGAUAGUGGUAGUGAUGAUGUGUCGGUUAUUGACUUGGAGACAAGUUCAAAUGAUAGUGCAUGGUCAUUGGGGAGUGACAAAACUAAUGAUGAGCAAGUCAAUAUUGUUGACUUGGCUCAAGAGGUUACGAAGAGAAGGAGAAAUGCCACAAGAAGCAGUAGAAACAAGUCUAAGGCAACUAUGCAUACUAGAACUAAGAAUGAGCAAGAAGAUGAUCAUGUUGAAGAACCUGUAGUCACUUAAGAGCAACCAACUAUCCAACAACAACAACAACCUGUAGUCACAGAUGAUUAAGCUACUGUCCAAGAAGCUACUGUGACAAAUGCUGCUGGUAUAGAAGAAACUAUAAGGGAAACAUGCAGUAAAGGUAAAAAAAAAGAAAUAUGUUGCUCAUCA